AUGCUCUUCAAGGCGCAGUGUGCGCUAGCACAGUCAAGACUCGCACAUCAGGCACAAAGUGACCGUCAUACUGGGUCUGGUGUGAGAUUAAAUGGCAAAAAUGUACCUUCAACGCCAUGUGCCACGCAUAAAAGUGCCAAUCUUCGUCGGAAAAAGGCGGGAACAAUCAGCGCAGGCCAAUUGGGCGACUGUGUUCGUACCAACACUUUCAUUGUCGUGAACUCGAUGAUGGGCUACAAAGCCAGCUUUCGAUUUGCAGCACUUGCCACAUUCCUCACACGUGAACCCAACGAGUCUCUCCUGUGUACUGGUUGGAACUGGCUACCCGGUCGGCACCAUGAGGAGGUGGUUCAGCUCGGCGACUACUACUACUACUACUACAAGCUGGCUGUGUCUUCGCUUCAAAUUCAGCUGAUGCCCGUUGGUCUAAGUGGCGCGCUGAGUAAUUUGGUGGAAUUUUGGUUGCUAAGAAACAAGUGUUCAUUGUUAGAACCGGAGGUGUUGUUUCAAACUCGACCCAAUAUGAUUCACAAAAUAGGAGCCGAAAAUGGCUGA